CCGUUAACGGUCGUAACGGUUUGGCGCGGGGGGUGGGGGGCACGGGCUGAGGGCUCCGCCUUCGUGCGCCCCCCGCACCUGGAGCGCCGGCGGCGGGGCGAAGGGGCAGCAAGAAGAGUUGUGUAUGUGAUGCUGGGUUCACGUAGCAAGGAGUGACAGAAAAAGUGCUAGUCACAUGUAAUAUAUUUCAGAUCAUGUUUCGUUAAAAGUGCUGAGGAGCACCCAGAACUCUGAAGACAGCAGUUUUGUGCAAGAUAAGAAUGUUCCUUAAAGAAGCUGAUGGAGGAUAGAGCUCAAGAGUGCCUGUCAGACACUGGCAGCAUAAGAUGACACCGUAGUCUAGUCUGAAAUUAAGGUAUUUAGCAGCCAACAGCAUUGCACGCUUCUUUAAAUGGAGGUGAAUGCUUUGUGGAAGUGAGAUGAGGGGAAGGUUCCACUGGAGUAUAACCAGCUUUGGAUACCUUUGGAAGGCAGGAUUGAAAAAGCUGAGAACAUCUUCCAUUCAGUACUCCAAGAGCAUCUGUACCAUCAUUUUCUGUCUCAGUAACACGUAUUCUGUGCAGCUGAGAACAUCAGUUAUCACAGUCUGUUAUCCUUGAGUGGGGAAUGCUGAGGACCACCUGAGUCAAGAACUCUGCCAACACAGAGUGGGAGACCAUCUCUUCAGUUGUCUUUAAAAAUAAAGAUUUAAAAAAAAAAAAAAAAAAAAGCAGGCCCUGGAAACAGGAGACAAAAUUUCAAACCACCAAGUACCGGUUCUGUGACCUGACAACCAGCUGAUCAGUAUUUGAUGGAAAGAACUCAGCUUGUUCCAAGAGCUAAUGUUUUUCCAAGUUCGUCUCACUUACCUCUGGCUCAUCCCACAAGCAUACGGUAUUUCAGAAAGCAGAGUUCCAAUGUUGGACAGGAAUAACAUUUGGAUUCCGUUUUGACACACACUGUCUACACAGACAGUAUUUCUUGUUCUUGGACCUAUAUAGUUCUUCUAUGCUAUGUUUGUAUUAUAAGUGAAAGAUGCUGUACCGAGGCUUUACAGAUUCUAGGGCAUAAAGGACGUAAACAAUAAUCCCAGAGGUUCAUCUGUCCUGGAGCAGACAUUGAAACUGAGCUACUAUGUGACUAAAAGAACUGAGUGCGUCUAAUGCUGCAAUGGAGUCCAUGGAUGAAGCUGAAGGACAACAAGGACAGCUGAGCAGGAAAGAGCAGUCCCUGAAAGCCUCCCAGAAAACAGCACUGCUUGGUUGGGCUGCCUGGUGGAAUGGAUUCAUGACUGGAGACAGCAUGUGUCUGUUUGUCCUCUCGCAGAUACUGCUUCUCUGCAUGAUGCUGUGGUACAGCACUUAUGGGACCAUCCCAGCAGCUCAGAAUGCCUUUGACCUGCUGUCUUACCUGCUUACCCCAUUUGAACGAUUUUUGUCAGGUCAGGGGGAGGACCUGACUAGAAUUGGGAGUGUUGUGGUAUCAUAUAUCCUGCUCUCUUUAGCAUCUCUAGGACUGCUACUUGUAGGAUCUCUGUUUUGGCAUCUGCUCAGAGCCCGUCCAGAUCCCCCCUUUCCGCUACAAGAGGACAGACGCCAAUCUGUGAGCCGGCAGCCUUCAUUCACGUACUCAGAGUGGACAGAGGAUAAAAAUGAGGAUGACUUCCUAGAUUUGGAUCCCGUACCAGAGACCCCGGUCUUUGACUGCGUAAUGGACAUUAAAGCGGAGACAGAUCCAGCUACUCUAACGGUUAAAUCCGUGGGCUUGCAAGAAAGGAGAGGUUCAAAUGUUUCACUCACGCUAGAUAUGUGUACCCCAGGCUGUUCUGAGCAAGGUUUUGGCUAUAUCAUGUCACCACGGGAACAGUCAGCUCAAGAAUACCUCCAGACAGCAUCAAACAUUCUUACUGAAGAGGAACUGCACAAGAAAGCACUGGAUCCUUUCAUACUCCAGGCAGAGUUCUUUGAAAUUCCAAUGAAUUUUGUUGAUCCAAAGGAUGAUAUUCCAGGCUUGGUGCGGAAGAAUCGCUACAAAACAAUUCUCCCAAAUCCUCACAGCAGAGUGUGCCUUACCUCAGCUGAUCAGGACGACCCACUUAGCUCUUACAUCAAUGCUAACUACAUCAGGGGCUAUGGAGGAGAGGAAAAGGUAUAUAUUGCUACUCAGGGACCGAUAGUUAAUACUGUCAGUGAUUUCUGGAGAAUGGUGUGGCAGGAGCGUUCUCCCAUCAUUGUCAUGAUUACCAAUAUAGAAGAGAUGAAUGAGAAAUGCACAGAAUAUUGGCCAGAGGAACAGGUCACCUACGAAGGAAUAGAAAUCACAGUUAACCAAGUCAUACAAGCAGAUGAUUACCGUUUAAGGCUCAUCACGUUGCAGAAAGGAGAAGAAGUCAGAAACCUGAAACAUUACUGGUACACAUCUUGGCCAGACCAGAAGACACCAGAUCAAGCUCCCCCUCUGUUACAGCUAGUACUGGAAGUGGACGAGGUAAUGCAGAGUGCAGAAGAGAAGAAUGCCCCAGUGAUUGUUCACUGCAGUGCAGGCAUCGGGAGGACAGGCUGCUUUAUUGCAACUAGUGUCUGUUGUAAACAGCUGAAGAGUGAGGGCAUAGUUGACAUAUUGCGAACAGCCUGCCAGUUACGGUUAGACAGGGGAGGAAUGAUCCAGACUUGUGAACAGUAUCAAUUUGUCCAUCAUGUCAUGAGCUUGUACGGAAAACAGCUUUCUAGAGCAGCAGAAGAAUAAGUGUUCAUGAUAUUCCUAAAGGCUAAAACCAAGAGAACUUUUGACUGCAUUCAGAUAUAUUUCAGAUCUGAUAAGAGAUGCAUGGUAACCUGGCUGUCUUAGCUGGAGAGAAAGAUAUAUUAUUUUACUUUGAUAUUGCUUUUAUGCUCUUGUUUGCAUUGACAUUUAAGAGCUGAGGUAUGCCUUGUCUUAAACAUAUGUGACAGGACAUAAUCUUCACCAAAAAAGGCUUAUUUAUACUGUAAAUAAGGAUAGUAGCUUCAUUUGUUACAAAA